AUGAGAGGCCUUUUGCUAGUCUUGGGUCUUGCGACGUCUGUUGCGCUUACGCAAAACCCAGAUGGACCCGAUGACCCGGAUGAGCCUGACGUCGAACCGAACUCCAACGAUGUGGCAAGCGCUCUGUUCACCCUCGUGAGUUGUGAGAACAUAAGCCUCGACGGCCUGUUAUUUGGGGUUUGGGAACUAGCGGACAAAACUACCAAUGACCUCGAAACCAUCAUUGAUGGAGCCACUUUUGGUUUCGAUGAUGGGUCGGAACAGUGGUAUAUGGCAAGAAACAUGCGUCUACUUUUUGGAGCGGAUUAUAGCGAUAUUGAAGGCCAACCUGGGAGGUUGCGCUUUGAGGACAAGAAUCUGGAAACUGUGGAAUCAAUCAGAUUCCGAUAUCAAGCUUUGGCUUGGGCGAUCAAUAAGCAAUAUUGGAGUCCAGCGUCAAACUACAUAUUCUGCAGACCUGAACAAGACCCACUUCCUUUCAAGCAUCCGGAAAUCGUCAAAGAGUUUUAUGACCUUGCUUCUCCAGCGGAGCUACAGGUCCCCCUCCGAGAUAUGCCAGGCUGA